AGAUACUAAAUAAAAUGUCAAGUUGAACUUAUCUAUUUCUCAAAGCCAGCUAUGCUUUGUUAGCUUCAAACAAAAAGAAAGUGAAAUAUAAUAUUUCCUUGAUUGGUAUACAUGUACCAUAACAACACAAUCAAACUUUUGUCAAUUCAAUAGGCCCGUUUGAAAACCCAGAUCAAGAUAGCACAGUUUACAAUUACAAUUUAACUUGCUAGAUGAAUUUGAUAAUAAACUUAUUAUGAAGCUAUUAUUUAAAAGAAAAAAGUGUUGUUCAACUUUUCACAAUACAUAACAUUAAUAAAGCCUCUUUUUUAUUUUGGCAUUUUUACUUGAGCAUUUUGCACAGAGUUUAAGAGGGAUGUAAUUCUUGCAUGCAUAGCUGUGAAAAAAGCCAUGCCUAACGGUUUGAAAAUGAGUCACUGAGCAACAAACUGGCAGCAUGGGGGGCUGUUGUAUAAAGAAGCCAGAAACCGUCCGAUGGACAGUGGCUGAUGAAGGGCCAGCUGAACAAAAAUUUGUCAACAAGGAAUGGCUCCCUAAGGUCAUAACAAAGAAGGCGCGUCACGCUAACCCUUUCAGAGAGUUUGGUGUGAAAAUCCUAGAUGAUGAAAAUGAAUGUAACAUCACUGGUGCUGCGUUCCUUCCCAACGGGGACAUAUUUAUCGUGGACAAGGCUAAUAAGAAACUAAAACUAUUCGAUAAGAAAAGUGGACAAUUCAAGAUGAGCGCUCAGGUUCCAUCAAACCCGGAAGGCGCAUGCAGCAUACCCAAUGCGCCAAACGUUUAUGUGACCUUUCCAGCAUCGAGUAGAAUCCGAAAAGUUGGUGUCACCGUUAAUGACAUUCAACGGGUAGACACCAUUCAGACUGUCAACAGAUGCACAGCAAUUAGCAGCAACAAAUUUGGCGGACUUGCCGUUGCUGUGAAUACAGUGGGAAACCAAUGGCAGAUACACCUAAUGAACUCUGCUGGUGACCUUCAGAAGAGAAUCCACGGGGAAAUGUUGUUCCUCAAUCCAGAACACAUAGCGAUAACAGACGAACUAAACCUGAUUGUAUCGGACAUGGGUAACAACACAGUGUUUCAUAUAACACCCGAAGGCUAUGUGAUAUUCGCGUACAAAGACCUCAAGAGUCCCCAAGACGUGCUUGUAGACAGAAAGGGCUACAUCUACGUGGCUGGUCCGGACCGGAUUCACCAACUAAACGAGCAGGGAGAGAAAGUGCAGUACAUGCUUUCCAAGGCAGACAUUGGGUUCUCGCCACAAACAAAGGCGUACCGGGAGAAAGACGAGAUGCUCCUUAUAGCAGGAGGGUCGGAUAAGGUCAAACUGUACACCAUCAGUUAAAACAGAAAAUAAACUACCCAUGAAUUUGUAUAAUAUUCAUAAAUAUGAUUUUAUGUACUUUAAUGUACUAUAUACAAUCAGUUGAAACAUAAAAGGCACUACCCCCACCAAACCCCAAUCUAAUAACCAGAACUUUCAACUCCUUGGGGUAAAAAGGUUAAACACUGUGACAUUAUUUGUCUAUUUCUUUAUAAUAUGUCAUGGUCUAUGUUAUUUGUUUCUGUAAGGUACAAAAUCAAUUAAGAGGCAGACAGAAGUUUUUGACAAGGAACCACUUGUUUGAUGACGCUUGCAAUAUACUAAUCUAAUCAUCAGGAUUUUCAACUUUCUUUAAAACGUGUUUUAACUUAUAUUUUGACAAUUGUAUCCACAUAACUGUUCAUCAUCUAUUGUUUUAAAUUGUGUGUGUAUAUAAUCAAUUAUGAAACAGAAAAUCAAUGUUAGUUGUGUUCUUUUGUUAAAAAUAUAUUUAUUAAACA